CAGCCCAGACAGCGGGUAAUGAGAGAACUGUGUUAGUCUUUUAUACUUUAUAUCGAGUUUUUGUGUUGCGAUAUUGACGUUUCGGAAACAAGUAACAGAAGAGAUAGUGACGCUUUUCUUUAGAAAGAUGUUAUCGACAGUUAGUACAGCUUUCCCAAACUAAGCGUAACGUUAUGGACUGUACACUAAGUUAGCUAACCGGCUAGCCGAAUGCUGCUAGCUAGAUGCUGCUGUGUAUCAGAGGAAGCCAGCGAUGACUUACAGCGAUUUCUAUGGAUAAACAUCUAUUAAUGUGGGAUUUUAGACAGCUGCCAAACCACAGGUUCGUCUCUGAAAAGCUUCAAUCAUCCUAUCGACUGUCAUGGACAACGUGAAACCACGCAGCAAUGAUGAGGAUGAAGAGCUACACUCCACAGACCCAGAGAGCAAAGAGAAGAGCAAAGAUAAAAAGACCCUGUGUAAAGUAAAGUGGUCCCGAGAUGAGGAUGAAAAGCUGAAAAAACUAGUAGAGCAGCAUGGAACUGACUCCUGGAAACUAAUCGCUAACUUUUUUCCAGGGAGGACAGAUGGCCAAUGUCAGCACCGCUGGCAGAAGGUGCUCAACCCAGAGCUGGUGAAAGGACCCUGGACAAAAGAGGAGGAUCAAAAGGUUAUUGACCUGGUGCACAAGUACGGCCCCAAGCGUUGGUCUGUGAUCGCCAAGCACCUCCAGGGAAGGAUUGGAAAGCAGUGCCGCGAACGGUGGCACAACCACCUCAACCCAGAGGUGAAGAAGUCUUCAUGGACUCAGGAAGAGGACCGAAUCAUCUAUGAGGCCCACAAGCGCCUUGGCAACCGCUGGGCAGAGAUCUCCAAGCUUCUUCCUGGACGGACGGACAACUCCAUCAAGAACCAUUGGAACUCUACCAUGAGGAGGAAGGUGGAGCAUGAGGGGUACCUGCAAGAUGGCUGCAAGAGUUUCACUUCCUCUCAUGCUGGAGCGAAGAGACGCCAACACAGACCGUGUCCUCAAACUCCAACAGAGUCCCAGCACUGUGACCACAGUCCCCUGCCUAUACCAGGACCCAACCAGAUGGGGGGAUAUCCUUAUGAUCCUCACAGCGGACACCUGAUGGACGGUCUUCCUGAUAAUUCAGGCUUCAUGUUGCCAUCCUGCCUGGAUGAUCCUGACAGAGAGCAAAGAAUUAAGGAGCUUGAGCUGCUGCUUAUGUCAGCAGAGAAUGAAGUCCAGCGACAAGUGCAGUGCAGAGGUCAACGUAGUGCAGAGCAGUACUCAUCCUGGUCCGACAGUGUGUCAGAUGACACGAUGACUAGAAGUAAUAGCAGCCUUGAGGAGCAGGCGGAGAGAAGGCCCUGGAGGAGCCCUGAGAUCCCCCAAGGACCUCCACCACAGCUUCCUGUCUCGCCCAGCAAGUUCCUGGCCGUAGAGGCCAGCACUGUGCUCUCGACCCUGCAGACCAUACCGGAGUUUGCAGAAACUAUGGAGCUCAUUGACUCAAUGUGUUUUGCUCUGCAGGACCCUGUGGCGUGGAGUGACGUGGCCAGUUUCGACUUGUCAGAGUCAGCGACACCACCCAGGCACAACCAGGCAGGGUACACCACUCUCCUGCAAGAGCGGACGAUUGACAGUUCAAUGGGCUACACAGUAAACACUCCGAACGCCAUUUCUGGUCGUGAUAAGAGCUGUGCUCCAUUUAGUCUGAGCGGCGUCACCUCCCUGACUCCUAUCAACUCAUCCAAACCCACUCAGUCAUCCAUUGGGAGAAGGAGGAGAAGAGAGAGGGGGGAACCGUCUCCUUCAUGUGACAGGACCUGCUCCUCUUUCUUGGAGAAUAUCUCAAAUUCUCCCAAGAAAACGCCCACAAAGUCACUGCCAUUCUCACCGUCACGAUUCUGCAACAUAUCAGGUUCGGAGCAUCUGAAUCUGGAAAAUCCCGCCCUCACCUCAACCCCUGUGUGUGGCCAGAGAUGUCUCCUCAACACACCGCUCCACAAAGAAACCACACCUAAGCACCAGAAAGAGAAUGAUGGUUUGCAGACCCCCAAAAUCCGUAAAACUGUCAUGAUUCCAACCCCGCGAACGCCGACUCCCUUCAAGAACGCUUUGGCUGCCCAGGAGAAAAUGCAUGGGCCACUGAAGAUGGAGCCACAGCCGUUGGCAUUUCUGGAAGAGGACAUUCGAGAAGUUCUGAAGCAGGAGACUGGAGCCGACAUCUUUAACAGAACAGACAUCCAACCAGACUACAGAGCGUGGAAACAUAAUAUUGAUGGUCCAGCGAGAAAGGUGCGCAAGUCUCUUGUGCUGGACCCCUGGGGAAAAGACUGCCUAAAUGUCCAACUCUUUCAAGAGCAGCUCAACAAUGCACAAGUGCCAGAUGAAAGUUUACUGUCAGGCUCUUCAUUGGUCACCUCAAUCUCUGAGCAAGAAGAGUGUAGCCGUUCUUUGACUUCUGGGCGAGAGGAGACCUCACUAGUCCCUGUUCAUCCUCAUCGCUUUACCAGCCCUCGGAUGAAGAAGCUUGUCUCCUCCCACAAAGCACCAAAACAUGCUGUUGUACAGGUGAGUGAUUGGGAAGCAGUGGUUUAUGGGAAGACAGAGGACCAGCUGAUCAUGACAGAACAGGCCCGUCAGUACCUGACCCCCUACACGUCUUCUGGCUCUAACUCAAGAGCCCUUGUGCUUUAAAGCCGUCCCCUUGCUGCGCAGGCAACACUACUACACCCCGUCCAACAACUAAAACCUCCACUGAACCCAGUAAGAGACAAUCCAGUGAAGACAAAUAAUUUUAGUUUUUCUUUUGAAGCAGAAAUGCACUGCCACGGACGACCACAAAAAGGCAUGGCUGCUGGUUUUUAAACACAUUUCAAGGUCACUGCCCAAGUAGUUUCUUGUUUAUAGGUAUGUGUUUUCCUUUGAAUACACACAACCUGGCAACGUAAGCAGUUUUGUACAGAUAUGAUAAGGCUAGAAUGUUUUUCCUGCACUAGUCAGUAAUGUUGAAAACAACCUACACAUACAGUAGGCUAUAGACAUAGAGUGUUUAUUAAUAGCAGUGGCUGCUUCUGAGUUUUAUAUUGUUAAUAUAUUGUUUAAAUGACAAGAAAGACGUUUUAUAAUGUAACGCUACUCAUUGUGUAUCUCCUCCAACUUGUUUUGCUAAACUGCCCCGUCGCUGUUGUCAGAUAAAAAACCACGUACAUGCAAAAAUUCACAGCUUUGUAUUGACACCAUUGUAUUUUUAAAAUCACACCAUGGGUUUUUAACUCUCUGAGACCCACCAUAGACCCUUUUUUGUCUUGUUUAGAGGAGACAGGUGAGUUUUAGGGGGAGUUUGCAGGUCAGUAGUGAAUGCCACAUAGAAGUAGUACACAUUGGGGCAUCGGUGGCUUAGUGGUAGAGCAGGCGCCCCAUGUGCAAGGCUGUUGCUGCAGCGGCACGGGUUCGACUCCA